AUGCUUUUCGAGAGUUUUGAUCUGGUGUCCGCGCUGGCUACCCUGGCCGCCUGCUUGGUGUCGAUGACCCUGCUCCUGGCGGUGUCACAGCAGCUGUGGCAACUUCGCUGGGCCGUCACCCGGGACAAGAGCUGUCGCCUCCCCAUGCCCAAAGGGUCCAUGGGCUUCCCUUUAAUCGGAGAGACUUGCCACUGGCUACUGCAGGGCUCCUGCUUCCAGUCUUCGCGUCGGGAGCGCUACGGGAACGUCUUCAAGACCCACCUGCUGGGGCGGCCGCUGAUCCGGGUGACGGGCGCCGAAAACGUGCGCAAGAUCCUCAUGGGCGAGCAUCAUCUGGUCAGCACCGAGUGGCCGCGAAGCACCCGCAUGCUGCUCGGCCCCAACACCGUGGCCAACUCCAUCGGGGACAUCCACCGCAGCAAGAGGAAGGUCUUCUCCAAGAUCUUCAGCCACGAAGCGCUGGCGAGUUACCUCCCGAAGAUCCAGCUGGUGAUCCAGGACACCCUGAGGGUGUGGGGUGGCACCCCGGAGCCCAUCAAUGUCUACCAGGAGGCACAGAAGCUGACCUUCCGCAUGGCUGUCCGCGUGCUCCUGGGCUUCAGCAUCCCUGAGGAUGACCUCACCCACCUCUUCCAGGUCUACCAGCAGUUCGUGGAGAAUGUCUUCUCCCUGCCCGUGGACCUGCCCUUCAGUGGCUACCGACGGGGGAUCCAGGCCCGUGAGAAGCUGCAGAAGGGGUUGGAGAAGGCCAUCCGCGAGAAACUGCAAAAUAGCCCGGACAAAGACUACUCAGAUGCCCUGGACAUCCUGAUCGAGAGCAGCAAGGAGCACGGCAGGGAGAUGUCCAUGCAGGAGCUGAAGGACGGCACCCUGGAGCUGAUCUUCGCCGCCUACGCCACUACGGCCAGUGCCAGUACGUCGCUGAUCAUGCAGCUGCUGAAGCACCCGGCGGUCCUGGAGAAGGUGCGGGAGGAGCUGCGGGCUCACGGUAUCCUGCACAACGGCUGCCUGUGCGAGGGCUCCCUGCACCUCGACACCGUCGGAGGCCUGCACUACCUGGACUGCGUCAUCAAGGAGGUCAUGCGGCUCUUCACGCCCAUCUCCGGGGGCUAUCGCACCGUGCUGCAGACCUUCGAGCUGGACGGCUUCCAGAUCCCGAAGGGCUGGAGCGUCAUGUACAGCAUCCGGGACACCCACGACACGGCGCCCGUGUUCCAGGACGGCGACCUGUUUGACCCCGACCGCUUCAGCCAGCCCCGCAGCGAGGACCGGGAUGGCCGUUUCCACUAUCUCCCCUUCGGCGGGGGCGUCCGGGCCUGCCUCGGCAAGCACCUGGCCAAGCUGUUCCUCAAGGUCCUGGCCGUGGAGCUGGCCAGCACUAGCCGCUUUGAGCUGGCCACCCGGACUUUCCCGCGCCUCACCCUGGUCCCCGUGCUGCACCCGGUAGAUGGACUGAGUGUCCGGUUUUGCGGGCUGGACUCCAAUCAGAACGAGAUUCUGACCGAGACAGAGGCCAUGCUGGGAACCACCGUGUAGUAGCCCGUUCCCUCCUCCUGCCCUACUCCAACCCCUGCCAGGGCUGACCAGGCCCACUUGACCUAGGGGUCUGGGGCGGGCCAAGCCAGUGGUCGGGGUUGCGCUGGACAGGGGGGGGUCCACGCUCUCUUCCCCCCGUGAGCCCCCCGCUCCUCACUGACAGGGGAUGCCGAGACUGUGGGGAGCGGGGGGAGGCAGGACCCCCUUGCCUCCUCCUCACCCUUGUGUCACCUCCCCCAGGACCUCCGCUAGCGAAAGGAGGAAGGGGAGGGUGACAGGCGAGGGGAGAGGGGUCCGGAAAGUGGGUAGGUGCAGGAGGAGGGGCCCCCAGGCCACAUCUGGCGUGGAACUCCUUGGCCCUUUGACCUCUUACAGUGUUAAAUAUGUCCACGUGAAUAGUGUUUCUGCUUUUUUUAAUUCUUUCUUCCUAGUUUUCCGUUUCCGUUUUCCCCUUCUGCCCAGCUUAGGAGAGGAGAGGCAGGCCGUCCCAGCUGACCCACUCCUCUUGGGCCCCCUCUCUCCCAUUUCAUCCUGUCCACUGACUUCCCCAAACUGGGCAUUGAGGCUCUGGAGGGGAGAGAGACCUGUCCCCUUGCCCUCUACCUGGAGGCUGGGGACAGGAGCUCAGAAAAAAAUCACUCUGGAUAAUGUCAGGCAAAUGAGCCUCCACAGAUUGCUCCACCCUGCAUUUGCCCCAUCCCCCUUCUAAGAAGUUGGGCCCCAUUUCUGCCUCCUCCCCAUCCUCCCACCCCAUCUCCCAGGAGGGACCUCACUGACCCCCCGAGUUAGGACCUUUGAAGUCGUCUGCUGCUGCUGCUACUCUUCCCUUCAUACGCCCCUCUGCCCUCUGGGCCACUGGGGUCCUGGGAAAAGCCCCGUCCACCUUGGCGUCCACCCUGCGCCCUCCUUGGACUCCCCCCGUGUGUGCACUGAACGCUGUCCCAAACUCCUACCCUGUCCAGAGGGGCCCACAACUCCCUCCUGGGGCUUACUCUUAAUCAGCCACCUCUCCCUACCACCUUUCCCCCUGACCCGUAGUUAUUAUCCAUCAGGCCUUCCAGGACUGUGAGAGGUCAUCCUAGCCAUUCCCCUGCCCCCAAGCAGGUCCAGACCACCCAGCGGAGACCCCUCCAGAGGCAGAGACUCCCGCAGCCUCUUUCCAUCAUCAGUGGUAUUUAUUGAGCGCUUACUAGGUGCUGAGCAGUUUA